AUGGUUAAUCCUCUUGUUGCUUACUCAGAUGAUGAAAAUUCAUCUGACAGUGCAUCUUCUCAGGGGGAAGAGAACCCUUUCAUUGAUACAGCACUUGCUCAGGGGGAAGAAAAUCAACCCACAACCAAACCGUCUGCAUCUUCUCCAUUCUCCCCCAAAUCAGAUCAGCCUACAUCUCCACCACCACCAGUUACAGAAUCACCACUACCACCUGUCAUGGAAUCACCACCACCACCAUUCAAAGAAACUCCAUUACCACCAAACCCAGAAACACCCAUAACCACUACUCCAAAAAACCCCUCUUCUUCUCCAUCUCACAAACCCACUUCUCAAAAUCUACCUAACUCCCCUCUACCACCAUCCCCACAUUCUCUAAACAAUGAUGACAUCCUUUUAAGCACACUUCACCCUAAAAAAUAA